AUGGGCUUUGUCACGUCGUUGAGGGGACGCCUCCAUGCGGAGGGUUCCUCGUCGGCAGACCCCGCCAACGGGGAUAUAGCUGCAUCGGAAGCACCUCGGGAUGUUGAGAUGGCCGGGAAGACGGACGACACUAUUGAAGAUCACGAUCAUGUCAAAAAGUUCGACACCUCCGAGCCUCUUGAGUCGGGUGUCGGCACUAUUCAAGCUGCUCAGACAUUGUGGGGGAAGAAGGGAAGAUGGCUUGUUAUUGUCGGCCUGGCUUUGGUGAUGAUUGUGUACGAAAUCGACAACACCACUGUCUACAUAUACAACAACUAUGCGACGUCUUCCUUUUCAGCUCUUUCCAAGCUAGCAACCCUAAGCACCGCCAGCGGUAUCGUCUUCGCUGUUAUCAAACCGCCAGUCGCCAAGCUAUCCAACGUCAUCGGCCGAGGAGAAACCUACAUCAUGAGUAUAUCCUUCUAUGUCUUGGGCUACAUCCUCAUGGCAACAUCAACAACUUUCAACGCCUAUGCUGCAGGCGUUGUAUUCUACGUCGUCGGCCAGUCAGGUACAAACAUCAUGAACGACAUCGUUAUUGCCGAUAUCACUACGGCUCGCUGGCGUGGUUUUGCUCUCAGCUUCUCCUUCUUCCCAUUUCUCAUCACGCCUUGGGCAGCUGCCUUCAUUGUCGACGACGUCGUCAAGCCCGGUGGUAUCGGCUGGCGAUGGGGCAUCGGCAUGUUCGCAAUUCUCAUGCCCAUCGGCGCCGCAUUCAUCAUUUCGACCUUGCUUUACUACCAAAAGAAGGCCAAGGACAUGGGUCUUACCCCAAGGCAGAAAACAACGCUCUACAGCUUCUGCUCUCAGAUCGACCUGGGCGGUUCAGCACUUCUCUGCGCGGGCUUCUCAUUAGUCCUGAUACCGUUAACGUUGGCAGCAUCAACACCAAGCAGAUGGGGAACGGCGUACAUCAUCGUCUUAAUCGUGAUUGGCGUCAUGCUCCUCGCUGCACUGCCGUUCUACGAGCAGCGUCUGGCUCGCAACCCAAUCAUGCCCACGCGAUACUUCCGCAACAAGACAAUUGUUCUUUGCCUCUUGCUCAUCGCGAGUGACUCAGUCGGGUUCGCCUGCACGCACACCUAUCUCUACUCAUGGUCUACCGUUGCCCGUGGCUUCGCCGCCCGAGACGCUACGUUCUUCCAAUACACCAACGGCGUGAUGCAGUGCGUGAUGGGAAUCAUCGCCGGCUUGGCAAUGGCAUACACUCGCCGAUACAAGUGGCUUCUCAUCGGCGGCGCAAUCAUCCGUCUCAUAGGCUACGGUGUCAUGCUUCGCCUCCGCGGGGCUGAUAACUCCGUGGCCGAGCUCUUCAUCGUCCAGAUGAUCCAGGGUCUAGGAUCCGGCAUAAUGCAACUAUCGAUUCUUGUGCCUGCUCAGGUCGUUGUGCCUCACCGCGAGAUGCCACAGAUCACUGCUUUGGUCAUUUGCUGUUCGGUCAUUGGGGGAAGUAUCGGAGGUUGCAUAGCUGGUGGCAUCUACACCAACACAUUCAAGCCGAUGCUGUACAAGUAUCUCGGCGCCAGCGCUUCACCGGAGCUCGUCGACUCGUUAUUUGAUUCCAUUGUUGGCACCGCACCUGCAUGGGGUACUCCGGAAAGAAACGCGAUCAACCAUGCUUUCACAGACGUGAUGAAAUUCAUGGUCUAUACUGCCGUCGGAGCUUCAGCUCCGGGGGUUAUCCUGGCCUGGUUCCUGCCAGAUUUUAUAUUACCUGACCGAAACAACAUGGUUGAGGAGUAA